GGAAGCCAGAUCCGUAAAAUUUACAAAUGGCCGCGCCCGCUCUUACGGAAAGAAAAAGGAUCUGCUGAGAUGUUUGAGAAGUUGAGGAGGAGCGUAAGGAGCGCCUAUGAUCUGGAGGAGUUCAGACGAACCGCCUUCAGGAGAAGAUCUGGAUCCAGUGGAGAGAAGAAGAAGGUCAGACGGGGGUCAGUUCCUGGUGAUGUUACGGACGACAGUUUACUGAAUAACAGGAGCUCAGUGUUGAGAAGGUCAGCGGUUUACACCAUCUCCCCAAUGCCUCCUCCGCCGGUUCUUCCGAAACCUAAAUUCCAGUGUCCAGUGAAGAUUCCGGCUGGAAACAUCAUGGACGAGGAGCAGAUGAUGACAAAUACAACCCGAGGAAGAACAACGGUGAUCUCAAAAUGCCACAGAAACACCGACAGAAGCGUCAACAAAGCUUCAUCAGACCGCUCUCCACCUGAGCGUCUCGCCGAAGCCCCCCUGAGCCCUAAACGGUCUGACGACUUUCAGACGUCCUUGCGGGACUCCGCCUGGCACGUCUGGUCGGGCUGGUGGUCAGAAGAGGUCAAAGGUCACGCUGGCUUUGAAGAGCAAGAGACGGACGCUGAAAAUCUCCAGGCUUCUUCAGAAAGCAGCAGGUGUGAAAGUGCUGCACAGGACCACGAAGACGAGACUCAGGAGAACGUCCUAAAUGAAGAGAAGCAGAACAUGGACAAAGAUGAAGACAAACAAGAGCAGAUCAAAGAACUCAAACUCUACAAGAUCGCCAACGAGCUCCUGCAGACGGAGAGGGCGUAUGUGACCCGGCUGCAUUUGCUGGACCAGGUGUUCUGCGCUAAACUCACAGAGGAGGCUGGGAAGGGGACGUUUCCUGUGGAUGUGGUGAAGGGCAUCUUCUCCAAUGUGGGAUCCAUUUACACCUUUCACAGCCAGUUCCUCCUGCCGGAUCUGGAGACGCGGAUGAGCCAGUGGGACUCCACGCCCCGCAUCGGGGACAUCUUAGCACAGCUCGCGCCCUUCCUCAGAAUGUAUGCAGAGUACGUGAAGAACUUCGACAGCGCCAUGGACCUGCUCAAACAGUGGACGGAGCGAUCGGCACAGUUCAGCGCCAUCAUUCAGGACGUACAGAGUCAGGAGGUGUGUGGGAAUCUGACUCUGCAGCAUCACAUGCUGGAGCCGGUGCAGCGGGUUCCUCGCUACGAGAUGCUGCUCAAAGACUACCUGAAGAAACUGCCGGAGGAUGACCCGGACCGCAGCCAGGCCGAGAAGUCUCUAAACAUCAUCUCAAUGGCUGCUACACACUCCAACACGGCCAUCCGCAAGAUGGAGAACCUGAAGAAGCUCAUGGAGAUCUAUGAGAUGCUGGGAGGUGAGGAGGACAUUGUUAACCCGUCCAACGAGCUCAUUAAAGAAGGACAAAUCCUAAAGCUGGCCGCCAGAAACACCUCUUCCAUGGAGAGAUACCUGUUCCUGUUCAACAACAUGUUGCUGUACUGUGUGCCCAAGUUCAGUCUGGUGGGCCAGCGGUUCACUGUGCGCACGCGGGUGGGCGUUCAGGGCAUGAAGGUGCUCGAGACGUCCAAUGAAGACUAUCCACACACUUUCCAGGUGUCGGGUAAAGAGCGAACGCUGGAGCUGCAGGCCAGUUCAGAGCAAGACAAAGAGGACUGGAUCAAGGCAUUUCAGGAGACCAUUGCAGUCUUUCAGCAGAAGAACGAAACAUUCAAAUCAGCCUCUAAAGAAGUGGCGGAUGAGGUUUCUAAAGAGGAGUUGGGGAAGAGAGCCCCGCGCUGGAUUCGGGACAAUGAAGUUACCAUGUGCAUGAAAUGCAAGGAGCCCUUCAAUCCUCUGACCCGCAGGAGACAUCACUGCAGGGCAUGUGGAUAUGUUGUGUGUUAUAAAUGUUCGGACUACAAGGCGCCGCUGAGGUACGAUGGCAACAAAUUAAACAAGGUGUGUAAGGACUGUUACUUCAUUCUGACUGGACGAGUGGACGCUGAGGAACCAGUCAGUGGGAAGAAAAGAGGAAUUCUUGAGAUUGAAGCAGCUCAGGUGUCAGGAAACAGUUUCUUGUGUGGCUUCCUGCAGUAUAGUACAGACCGAACUAAACCGUGUCAGAGGGUCUGGUGUGUGAUUCCACAGCAUGACGCGCUGGUUCUUUACCUGUAUGGCGCUCCACAGGAUGUCAAAGCCCAGUGUACCAUUCCGCUCCUGGGUUACCAGGUUGAGGACGUCCAAAAGUCUGUUGAUCAUCCUCCCACCAGCUUCCGUCUGUGCCAGUCUAAAUCUGUCCACUUCUUCACUGCCGACACGGAGGAAGUGAAACUGCGCUGGCUGAAAGUGAUACGCAAAGCCGUGAUCGGGGAGAUCCCAGAAUGCCAGACACCAGUCGACGGUGACCUUGCCAACGGUUGCCAGGAAGGCGUGCCAGAUAGCACCUGAGGAAAAAAACAGUUUUCUACCCUUUGUUACGUGUAUAAUUUAUAAAAUCCAAACAGAUUAGAAUGUGUUGUUACAGAAACACUUACAGACUUGUUUGGGAGUGUAUAAAUAGACUGUGUCGACAGUUGAUCAUUUUAAUGCACUAUGGUUGUAAUGUCAACCUCAAUCAGACCGGUUAAAAAGAUUCAGUGUGUGAUUAUUUAAAUGAUUAUAUUGUCUUCGUUUACUUGUUUGCAGAUCAAACUCAUUAAAGCUAGUCCAAAUUAUGCUUUGUAAUUUGUUAGACUUUCUCAUUGUAACGUCAAAUUUUAUGUAUAUUUUAAUUUUAAUAUAUUUUAAUGUUCAUAUGCUGUGUCAUUGUCACUGUCUCUAUUUUCUCUAAUUCAUGCACUUUAUUGCUUUUUGUAAACCAGGAUGUUGACAUUAAAAUUAAUU